GCGACGCGCGAAAGCAAUUCAAUCGAAUUUAAUUUGAAAAUCGUUCAAGUAUUUGAGCUUGGCUUAAAUGAAAGUGCGCCAAAGUAAAAGAAAAAAUUGUGUGUACGUGAAUGAAAGUGCGUGAAGCCUAAAAAGCAAUGCAUUGCUAAAUGCAAGAGCAAGAGAGCGAGAAAGAGAGAGAGAGCAUAGUUAACAAUUAAAAGAAUGGUUGUGGUGCCAGCUUUGGGCGCCGCUGCGGCAUCGGUGGGUGGGCUGCUGUUUAAGGCGAGCGCCGCUUCGAAGGCGGCAGCAACCGCCGGCGUUGCCGCUGUGGGUGCCACCAAACUGGGACUGGCCAUCACGACGGCCAUUAAGCUAACCACUGCAGUUGUGGGUGUGGGCAAAAUAGCCAUAUUGCCAUUUUUGAUAGCCGCCAUAGCUUAUUACAACUACGAUCUGUUUGAUCCGGAGAAUCGACCGUUCAAUGUCAAGCAAGUGGAGCUGGCGUAUGAUUUUGUCAUCAUUGGUGGCGGCUCGGCGGGCACAGUGCUGGCGGCGCGGCUAUCCGAGGUGCCGCAUUGGAAGGUGCUGCUGCUCGAAGCGGGCGGACAUGAAACUGAAAUCUCCGAUGUGCCGCUGCUCUCGCUUUAUCUGCACAAAAGCAAAAUGGACUGGAAGUACCGCACACAGCCACAGCCCACCGCUUGCCAGGCCAUGAAGGACAAGCGCUGCUGCUGGACACGUGGCAAGGUCAUUGGCGGCAGCUCCGUAUUGAAUACGAUGCUCUAUAUACGCGGCAAUCGACGCGACUUUGAUCAGUGGGCCGCAUUCGGCAAUCCCGGCUGGAGCUACGAGGAGAUCUUGCCCUACUUCCGCAAAUCCGAGGAUCAGCGUAAUCCAUACUUGGCGCGCAAUACGCGUUAUCAUGGCACGGGCGGCCCCUGGACCGUGCAGGACUCGCCGUAUAAUACGCCACUGGGUCCCGCCUUUUUGCAGGCGGGCGAGGAAAUGGGCUACGACAUUGUCGAUGUCAAUGGGGAGCAGCAAACGGGCUUUGGCUUCUAUCAGUUCAACAUGCGCCGCGGCUCACGCAGCUCCACUGCCAAAUCAUUUCUGCGUCCCGCACGCCUGCGCCCGAAUCUGCAUGUGGCGCUCUUCUCGCAUGUGACCAAGGUGCUGACCGAUCCGCAGACGAAGCGAGCUACGGGCGUGCAGUUCAUACGCGACGGACACUUGCAAAAUGUUUAUGCUACGCGUGAAGUUAUUUUGGCAGCUGGCGCCAUUGGCAGUCCGCAUCUGAUGAUGCUGUCGGGCAUUGGGCAUGGCGAGGAGCUGGCGCGCGUGGGCGUGCCGCUGGUGCAGCACUUGCCGGGCGUGGGGCAGAAUCUACAGGAUCACAUUGCAGUGGGCGGCAUUGCCUUUCUCAUCGACUAUCCCAUCUCGAUUGUGAUGAAGCGCAUGGUGAACAUUAACACGGCGCUGCGUUAUGCCAUCACCGAGGAUGGUCCGCUGACCUCGAGCGUGGGUCUGGAGGCGGUCGCCUUCAUUAAUACAAAAUAUGCCAAUGCCAGCGACGAUUGGCCUGAUAUGAACUUCAUGAUGACCUCCGCUUCGGUCAUGUCGGAUGGUGGCUCGCAGGUUAAGAAUGCCCACGGACUGACCGAUGAGUUCUAUGAGCAGGUUUUCAGUGAGGUGACCAAUCGCGAUGUCUUCGGCAUCUUUCCCAUGAUGCUGCGGCCCAAGAGUCGCGGCUUCAUACGUCUCGCCUCCAAGAAUCCCUUGCGCUAUCCACUGCUCUAUCACAACUACCUCACCCAUCCCGACGAUGUCAAUGUGCUGCGCGAGGGCGUCAAGGCGGCUGUGGCCAUGGGUGAGACCGCAGCCAUGAAACGCUUUGGCGCACGCUACUGGAGCAAGCCGCUGCCCAAUUGCAAGCAUCUCACGCUCUUCACGGAUGAGUAUUGGAACUGCUAUAUACGCCAGUAUACGAUGACAAUUUAUCAUAUGAGCGGCACAGCCAAAAUGGGACCACCCAGUGAUCCCUGGGCUGUGGUGGAUCCGCAGCUGCGCGUCUAUGGCGUGCCCGGACUGCGUGUCAUUGAUGCCAGCAUUAUGCCCGCUAUAACCAACGGCAACAUCCAUGCGCCUGUGGUUAUGAUUGGCGAGAAGGGCGCCGAUCUUAUCAAGCAGCUGUGGCUAACGCCCAGCACUAAGCCGGCGGCAAGCUAUCAAUGGCGCCAGAAGCGCUCCAUCAAUAUGACGCAGCCUGAGGCGUUGCCAGUGCAUCAAUGGGCGCUGCCCAGCGCGUAGUUUAAGUCUUAGCCCUGUAGUUAGACAAUUCUCGUCAAAUUCUAAUUUAUUAAGCUGUUUGCUCCUACUUCUCUGUGCGUUUCUCUUAGUCAGUUAAGCGCCGCUGCUUGUAAAUAUCGAGUCAUUUAUGCUACACCCACGCAACUAUUAUAUACUAAAUCAAUUAAUAGUUUUUUUGUAUAUCAGUUGUCUUAGUUUAUAAUCUAGCUUAAAGGUUUUUUUUUUGCAAACACUUAGAGUACCUCAAUUAGUUGAUAAGCCAAAAUGAAUUUGGAAAUAAAUGCAAACAUAACUUGUACGCAGUGAAUGUCAAACCUUUUUAGCUGCUACACCAACCGAUCGUGUACACUUGCUCACUUAGCGCAUGCAGCAACCAUAAGAGUUUGCGCCUUUGCUUAAAGCUUAGCUCAGCUCACCUGCAAUGAAAAAAGUGAAUAAAUAAAAGUUAGUUUUAUUUGUUGACAUACCAAUAUUUUAACAAAUAAAUAAAUUGCAUAUAAAGGCAUCAAAUAACUGUAUAUAAA